AAGUGCAUGGCGUUUAUUGAUUUUUUUGGGGUGCAUUUUAUUGUGUUUUCUGUUUUCGUUUGUUGAGCAAAUUGUUGUCCUUUCACUUCCUUCCAACCCACUGAGGCCCGCACAAGUCGCCCUUGGUGUCCAAUUGAGUGUGCCGCGCGUGAAAUUCCAUCGCUGAAAUGUGAUUAGUGCGCUGCUCGCGGUUUUUUGUCUUUUGCACAUCUCUGGGCGGGGCACAGAGAGUAAAUUUUGCAUUUUUCACGCGAUUCCCGACGCGCCAGCACGUCCGGAUUUGGUGUUGUCGGUGGCAUUUGUGGUGCACUUGCUGGAUCCAUGGGCAAAAUGAUGGCUCUGCGGGGGAUUUUGCUGCUCAUCGUUGCCUUUGACGGCGUCGUGAGCCAAUUUCAGCCCCAUUUGGAGAUACUGCCCAUGCAGUCGAUUCAGCGGAAGCCCGUGGGAAAAUCCCUCAUGCUCACUUGUCGGCCAAAUGUGCCAGAUGUGAAUUUGGUGUCGGAUCUUCAGUGGAAAGACGACCAGAACAUGACUGUUCUGCCCAAACCGAUCGAAUAUUACCGCCCACUGUACGAUUCAUCCGGGAAUCGAUUGCCGGUGAAACCGGGCCAACAGCCGCCUCCGAUGUACACGGAAGUGCUUCCUGGGGACCAGAGCUUGGCCCUGCUUAUUCCCGUGCUCACGGACACCAUGGCGGGCACGUACUACUGCACGGCGUCGUACGCCAACACGGAGCUGAUGGUGCAGUCGGUGCGCAUUGAGACGUAUGUGGCGAUCACGUGGAAGGACGCGCCGGAGAAUCAGUAUCCAAUCCUUGGCUCGGACUAUGUGGUGAAGUGUGAGGUGACGGCGAGACCGGCGCCGUCCAUUGACUGGCUGAGGAAUGGGGAUCCCAUCAAGACGGGCGAUCGCUAUGUGGUGCGAACGCAUGGACUUCUGAUUCGCAGCGUUGAGGAAGCUGAUGAUGGCAUUUACACCUGUCGUGCGGCUGUGAUUCAGACAGGAGAACUCGUGGAGCGCAGCAUUCGCGUUGAGGUGCAGAUAAAGCCGCAAAUCUAUGGAUUGCCGAGUGUACUGGAGACUGUGGAGGGUCAGGGCUUCUCCACAUUCUGCAAUGCCACUGGGAAGCCUGUGCCGGAAUUCACGUGGGUGAAGUCAAUUGAUCAGCGGAAUGUGGCGCAAGCGGACAGGUUCAUUGUCAAUUCUAUCACGGGUCAGAUGAAUAUUCUGACAGUGGACAAGGAUGACUAUGGCUAUUACACGUGCAUCGCCAAGAAUGCCGCCGGAGUGUCGCAGUCUCAGACCCUCCUUGAUGUCGUCAUUCGCCCGAGGAUUUACGAACUGUGGAAUACAACAGUGGCGGUGAAGGUGGAGGGGCAGUUGCUCUGCAAGGCGACAGGACGUCCCCCGCCGCUCAUCACAUUCCGUCGAUGGGGCUCCAAGGAGGAAUUAGUGCCUGGACCGCAGCCAAAUGACGAUCGCAUCGUGCUUGAGCAGUCGUUUGACGAUGAACGUGGCGAAUCGAGUGGCACAAUGAGAAUUCUGGACGUGAAUCGCACGGAUGAUGGAUUGUAUGAGUGUGUGGCGAGGAAUAAGGGCGAGAGUGCCUUCAAAGUGGGUCACAUUGCUGUCGAAUAUCCGCCCACAUUUGACUACAUGAAGACACUGCCGCCGGUGUUCAGCUGGGAGGAGCGACCGGUGAAUCUGAGCUGUCUGGCAGAGGGUAUUCCCAAUGCCACAAUCGAGUGGCGUCUCAAUGAGCGUCUCAUCACGGAAUUGUACGACAGGAACUUUGAGAUUCAGGGCAGCGGACCCAGGAGUGAUUUGAUCGUGACACCCGUUGACAAUCGCUACUACACGGCGUACAAGUGCAUUGCCAGCAACAGAUUGGGACGCAGUGAGCACAUCAUGCAGCUGAAGCUAGCCCGAAUCCCCGACGCCAUUCCUCAGGCCAUUCCGCGCAUUGUCACAGCCACCAGCAUCACAUUCGACAUCAUAGCGCCGCCGGUGGAGUUGGGAAUGCCAAUUACGGCAUUCUCAGUGCAGUACAUCAGGGAGUUGGAUCGUGACUGGAACAAUGCCUUCAACAGAACAUGGUCACCGGACAGUCCGUACAUUGUGGAGGGUCUCUUUCCGCAGACCACCUACAAUUUCCGCUUUGCGGCGCGCAAUUUGGUGGGAUUGGGCCAGUGGAGUGCGUACAAGUUGCAAUCGACACCGCGACGCUCUGAGCCUGAACCGCCGCGUCUGCUGCACAAUCCUAUUGACGACUCGGAGGCGGAAGAUGGGGCGGAUCCGAUGGUGAUGUCUCCGUAUGCUGAUCACUUUGAGAUGCGCUGGAGCGUUCCGCCGAACAAUGGGGAAUUGAUUGAUUUCUACCAACUGCGCUAUUGUCCGGGUGUGAAGGUGAACGGUGAGUGGCACGAGACGGGUGAAUUGUGUGUGACGCGUGACAUUCACGCCAGCGAAGCCACGGCGUACGACAUGAGCAGCUUGCAGGCGGGCACGUAUUACAGGACGGAGUUGCGGGCGCACAAUGCCAUCGGCUUUUCGGAGCCGGCGAGUCUCAUGAUAAAGACGGCCAGAGGAAAUUAUUUCAACGCACACUCACUGGGUGUCACAUAUCAAUGGCCAUCCGCUCUCUUUCACGGAUUCAUUGUCCUGCUCUCAGUUUCAACUCUGCCAGCUGUUCUGCAUUCGCAAUGAUGCUAGAUUUUUCUGGUGUGUGGUGACAGACGCAUAAAAAUCAUGAAAUGAAAACCAUAGAGACUUUUGCUCUGGCUGGUAAAAGUGUGUGUGUUGAAGAAGAAAGAAGAGAUAGAGAGAGAUAUGUAAUGAUAUGUGAAGCACACUAAAAAGAAAGUAAAGAAAAAAUAUAACACCAUAUCUUAUGAAGAACAGAAGAGAGAAAGAAUUUCAAGAAUAUUGUGUAGAGAGAGAAAGAGAGAAAUUUGAUGAGAAAAACACUGUGAAAAUUAUGCUAACCAAAAGGACGAGAAAAUCUUUAUCAAUUCUUCUUAAAUGAAUUUGUCAUUUUGAAAAAAAUUAUUAUUACAAAUUUUAAAACAUGGUUUUUUCCUAUAUCGCUAAAUGAUCAUUUUCGUUAGGAUGAGAUAAAACGUGCUGACAACAGUGUGAGGAUGAUUAGAAGAAUGUUGAGUGAUGUGUUUAUAAAGGCACCAAACGUCUCAAGUCAUUUCACGGUAAUAGUAGAUUUUUUUUUCAUUCUUUUCAUUCGAUAUGUAAACAGUUUUAGGGUAAAUAUUUGGCUAAAUGGAAACCACCGAUCGUUUUAGUGCUUUUUCAGAGCAUUUUUCGUUUGCUACAUGUUAUGGAUUGUUGAAGGGAUAAAUAUCGAAUGAUUGUUUCUUUCAUUGUCUUCAUGUCAAUUGUGUGUAUUUGGAAAUGUUUCAUAUUUUGCCAGUUUUACGACAUUUUUGUGUAUUACACGAAAGUAUUUACUAUCAUUGCUAUUUUGUAUAAUACAAUUGUAGUUGCGAGAAAGGCGAAUUCUUUCCUAUUUUUCAAAGUGCCUUUUUGCAUCAAUUUCAAGCUGUCGAUAAAAUUGAUGGCAAAUUCAGUUUGAAGAAACAGAUUUUAUGCUAUUUUUGUUCGCUAUAAUGUGAUAAAAGUGACUUUAUUUAGAUUGCAUUUAAUACAAUAAAUUUACGAUGAUAUUCUGCAUUUUCAUCGAAUAUCACUGAAAACUUCAAUUUCUAUAAACAUAAUUUUUUUUCUAUCGAAAUCACAUAAAUAUUCUUCUAUUUAUCCUCCAAAGUUGUCUCUUUGCGAUAGGUUAAUAGAAUAAACAAGAGUAUAAAGCGUAUUGAGCACAGGAAAGAUGUCUUGCCUGAGGUUUUGCUGUGAAAUGAAAUUUCACAGUUGAAACAUUUUAAGAAAUAAGAGAGAGAUAAAAUCAAAAUCUGUAAUUGUAGUGCAAACAAAAUAAAAACAAGAAAUUUGUGUAAAUUAUGAGCUGCAAAGGGGAAAAGAAAGAAUUUAUCCAACUGUGUGGAAAAUGUAGUUGUUAACAAUCUACUUAUAAUAUUGAAAUGAUUCAAUCAUAUUUACUUAAAAGAAUCUCCACUUGACGCCUCAUCAAGAAGAGUUAAAGAAAAUGUGUUGUUAUGACAAUAUUCAAUCAAUGCAAAGUUGCGAUGAUGAAAGAGCGAGAAAGACAGAAAUUUUGAUGGCGAAAAGCAGAGUUUAUCGCAAACUAGGAGAGAAAAAAAAAUGAUGAGAUGAUAUUUUUAAGUCAAGCUAUAAAUAAAAUCUCAAGUGUUCUCUUGCGCAAAUUAUAUUAGGGAAAGGAUGACAUAUUUUGGAGAUAUAUGAUUAGUUAUGAAGCAUUAUGAAGUGUCUUUUUAAGUGAUUGUUUGACAUUGGACGAUAUUAAUAGAGAGUUGAUUGAAGAAAAUACUUUGUUUAAUUUUUAUUCUUUGCCAAAUCUUUCGUGUCUUUUUUUCUUCUUCUUUUCUCUCGUCGUUUGACCAGAGUUUUUGUUUCUCGGCAUUUUAUAACAUUGAAUUAAUUGGUGUAGAGAUUUUCUGUUGCUUUGGUUGGUGGUUUUCAUGUUUCUUUUUUUUCUCUUUUUUCCUGUGGCUAAACAAAAUGCUAGAAUAAUUUGUAUAAUUUCUGUGUCUCUGUGCGUAAAUGUCUCAAUGUCUGCAAGUGAAGCAAAAUGUGAUUUCUGUUUAACUGAAUUAUUUUUAUUUAACUCAAUGCAAUAAUUCUUCUCUUCCGCCUCGCUCUCUUCCCCCUUCCGGCGCCACUCCUUUUCGCGCGCAGGUGGCGAUGUGGUGUUGAGGAAAGACGAUCCCAUCCUCUCGUCUGUGGCGAUAAUCGCCAUCGCCG